AUGAUCCCUCACAUGGCACUGUGUAAAUUAUUUCCUCUGGUUCUCAUCGGGCUUGUGGUGUUCGCUGUGAGUGGGAUAUUUGGAGACCCUAUAUAUGAGUGCCUACAAGACACAGACUACAGUGAGCUUCUGGACAUUGUGGAUAAAGGCCUGCCUCCCACUAAGACACCUCGUCACAUAGCAAUCGUCGGCGGGGGCAUCGCUGGACUGACUGCUGCAAAGAUCUUAGAAGAUGCCGGACAUAAGGUGACCAUAAUAGAAGCCAGUAACCGUAUUGGAGGACGUGUGGAGACCUUCAGGAAUAAUAGAGAGGGCUGGUAUGCAGAAAUUGGCGCCAUGAGGAUCCCCAGCUUUCAUAAAAUCCUGCUUUCCUUUGUCUCCAAAUUACAAAUUUCACUUAACCCCUUCAUCCAAGACGACAUCAACACCUACUAUUUGAUCAAUGGAGUGCUGCAGAAGACCACUACUGUGGAAAACAACCCUGGUGUGCUCAACUAUAGCUUGAAAGAAAGUGAGAGGGGGAAGUCCGCUGCUCAACUCUUCAGUGAGACACUCUGGAAGGUUAAGCAUGACCUCAAUGCCAUUGGCUGCAGUGCCAUGUUGGAUAAAUAUGAUUCCUACACAACAAAGGAAUAUCUGGUGAAGGAGGGCAACCUGAGUCCUGGAGCCUUGAGGAUGAUCGGGGACAUCCUGAAUGAAAGCAGCCUCUUCUACACAUCACUCAUAGAGAUGCUGUACAUACAGUCCGACAUCAAUGACAACACUGAGUACUUUGAAGUGACAGGUGGUUUUGAACACCUGCCGCAGGCUUUCCAACGGGUGUUAAAUGCCACGGUCCUGCUGAACUCCAAGGUCAAUCUGAUCAAUCAAACAGGCAGCAGUAACGUGACAGUAACGUACCAGGAACGGGGCAACACAGGUUCCCUGAUCAGCAUGACAGCGGACUAUGUCCUGGUUACCACCACAGCCAAGGCUGCCAUCUUCAUUGACUUCCAGCCGCCUCUCUCCGGGGACAAGACGGAGGCCCUGCGCUUGAUUCAUUACAUCAGCUCCACCAAGGUGGUCCUCAGCUUCAGGGAGCGCUUCUGGGAGAAAGAGGGUAUCAGAGGAGGGAGGAGUGUCACGGACCGGCCUUCUCGCUUCAUCUUCUACCCCAGCCACAGCUUCCCCGGCACCGCCGCAGGGGCCCUCCUGGCGUCCUACACCUGCUCCGACGACUCCACCCUCUUCCAAGGGAUGAGCGAGAAGAAUCUCAUGGCUGUGGUCUUGGAAGACCUGGUGAAGAUCCACGGAGAGGACAUCAGGCCUCUGUGGACAGGGGGACUGGUGAAGAAGUGGGGCUUGGAUCCUUACAGUUUGGGAGCCUUCGCCUUUUUCACACCCUACCAGAGACACUACACCAGAGAACUGUUCCAGAGUGAGGGCCGCGUGCACUUUGCAGGAGAACACACAGCCGCGCCGCAUGGCUGGAUAGAGACUGCCAUGAAGUCUGCAAUCAGGGCAGCUAGAAAUAUCAAUGGCCUAACAGUUUAG